UGCUAGGAAGUGAAAGGUAAAAAAGCGGAAGUCAAUUUUUAAAGAAAAUAGAAGGCCUUGUGUAAAAUCAAAAUAAACUGCAGCCUCGGCAACAUCUACAGCGCCAACAAGUAGACAGUAGACAGCAAAAAUAACGACACACGUUCGUCCGUCCAAGGUGGGUUCAACUCAUUUGCAGAGCCCUAUUUUUAAAACUUCAAGCUAAAAUACUUCUUAUUUAAAAAAAACGAUAUUUAAAAAAAAUUAUUUGUACUUCUCACAUUUAAGACCUUCAAGGAAUGAUUUGGUUAAAAAUUGUAUGAAGGUGGGUAAAAAGGUUGGGACUAAGGCACUCGUUUGGAGUGAAAAUGCAGUGACAUUUAAGACAAAAAAUGAGAUCCUUAGGGACUCUGACAUUUUUCACACGCAGUCCCCCUCCCCCAAUACUGGAUUCAGCCUAAGUUAGGGCAUAUCGUUACAUUGAAAAUACAUGUAUUCCAAGAAUUGCUGUGGGAAGCCGAGUGCCUAAGUUGAUUUGAUUCUGCACCCUUUUAUUAACACAUUUUGUGUAGGUUCAGCUGGCUAGCUAGGAUUACACGUAGACCAUGGCUAGUUUGAGCAGUUCGUGUGCUAGUACUAGUACGCCUAACCCCAAAACAACAAAGCGCCCCAGAAGCACCAACUGGACCUACGAGGAGGUUCGUAUACUCAGUGCCUUUGUGCGGGAGCAUACAAACAAGCUGUUUGGAACAUCCCACAAAGGCACUGAGGGCUUUGAGGAGGAAAAACAAAAAUGCUGGAAGAUGGCAGCAGAAAACCCGAGAGCCAGUGGCGGAGAAGCCAGGGACUGGCAGAGAAUAAGGAAAAAAUGGCAGGAUGUUACGUGCAAUGCAAGAAAAUACUACAGGGAAUGCCAUCAAACCGGAGGGGGUGAAAAGCCGGCUUACAAUAAGACAUUGGAAGUUGUGCUUGAUGCACUGUCCCCAAUUUCCAAAGACGGCAUCAUUGACAAAGCUGAAGGAGAAACCUUCCCCGAAGAGCUUCUGAACCAAGUGGCUGAAGCUGUCAGUCAUACAUGCAACGGGAGUGAGAAUCAAGUGGAUGGUGUCGGGGAGGUUGUGAUCCUGACGGAAGAUAUCUGUGAUCCUGAGCCAUUGAAAGUUAGGAGAAUUUCUUCAACCUCAGAAGCAGCAGCAAAGCCCUUAACGAGCAUUUGAGAUAUUGAAAGGGAGAGGCUGGCC